AAACCGUCAUCUGAGAUGAUUUCAAUAAAAAUUCGAAAUGUCAAAAUUGUAAAGUGUUGAAGUUCAUCUAAAUUACCUGUAGGUACAAAAUUCUUGCGAGUAUGAUGAAUUAUGUCCCAUUCUGACGAAUAUUUCAGUGGAGAUUUCAAGGAUAAAAUAAGAUACGAACCAAACUAUUCAGAAAGCGAAGAUACUGAAGUUAAUUUCCAAGAAAAUCAAGUACAGUUUAUUCCGGUUCAAUUACAGAAUGAAAGUAAACACAGUAAACAUUCCAGAUUUCGCCAUGAACGACAACUACUGGCGCCAACGAAAGGCAAAAUACGAACGUGUCCACAAAUUUCAACAGCCCGAAAUCGUCAGGUCGACUAAAGACGUCAACACGGAACUGUCCCUAAGGCCAAACUUCGACAUGCCGAGACCUUCGGAAAGACCGGGGACCGAGCCCUACCACAAGCACUUUCAAGUAAAUCGUUUGCACGAAAAAACCAAUUACUAUUGGAAUCAAACGAAUGGUUUGCAGUUCUCCACGAAGGAGUUUCCGGAAUUCAAGGCGCCUUUGGAACAGUCCACUAAGAAACACAACGUUCUGAAGCCUUCCUUGGUGAGGAGCACCAGCGACCUACUGAAAAUCGAGGUUCCCAAUAAGAUGGAAACGAUCCAGAACCAGAACAAACCUCGCGAAGACAGUACCAGUAAAAAAACCAAUUCGGAUUUUUUAACCAAUAGUAAACCCUACUAUUCCUCCAACACUUUGAGGACUUCGAAGAAGGUUAAAUGGGAGGAUGGGUACUGUGCUUCCCCAAGCUUAGAAUGGUACCCUACGAAGACUGAAUACCAAAACUCCUACAAAGAUUACGUACCUUCAAAAACUAAACCUUCCUACUCUUACGGCAAUUUCCUCACAUACCGAGACAAAGAAUAUAAAAAGUACAAGUACCAAGACUACGAUUACAGCAAGUACGAUUACUUCAGUCACAACGUUCCAGUCACGUAUUCCUCCUCAAGAAAACAACGCAACAGCGAUUACAGGGAUCCCUUUGAGUACUACACCUACGAAGAGUACCCUAAAAGCUCCAAGUAUAAAAACUCAGAUAACUGGCUUUACAUGGAGGAAGACUCUAGGAGCUACAAUCCCUAUCACUACGAGUACGAUAAGAGAAGUCCAAAGAAAUACACUAACUCCAUACAAAAGUCGUACAGAAACUCAGACACUCAGUACGACUUAGUAGAGAGAGUUCACAACAAGAAACUCCAAGUUUGUCAGUCGGAUUCAUCAAGAAUUUCCGGGAGAAAGGUCAAACUUGAGAGCAAGAAAGUUGGAGAUGAAAAAGGUGGAAUUAGACUGACCAAAAGCGAUGAAAUCUUGAACAAACGCGAGGACGCUUGCACACAAAUAACAGAGAAUAAGCACCAAAGUCAUCAGGUCUUACAAGCCGAUGGGAAUUCGGAGACAAAACAAAACGAUACCCAGAAACUAAAUGAUACCACUGUCAUAAGUAGGUUGCUAGUUGAGUUAACCGAAAAAUUGAAAUCAUCAGAACACUCCUUGUCUUCCGCCAAACAAAAAUGCAUCCUCGUGGAGAAGGGUACUCAGUACGUCGAUUGUGAAAUGAGGAAAAAACCUCGUACUCCGAAACCCCCAACUUCCAGAAGAUACCAGAAGAGCUACGACACGAAAAAACACCUGAAACCUAGGCGCAGUCACCUGAUGAUCUUGCAACACGAAUCUACGCAAUAUGAGGAAAUGAAAAGUUGUGAAAAUCUCACUUCGACCACCCUGAACACCGAGUUCGAGUUCGAGAGGAAAUUCUUCAUGAAGGAUCCGAAUAAGGAGAACUUUUGUGAGAUAGAAUCCACCAAGAAACGAAAAGGUUUAAAAUCUGGAAUCUGCGAAGAAAGAAUCUACGCGAAGAGAUUCGUGAAGGAAAUCCCUCCUAAAAUGAUCAAAACCGAUCUUCCGACUGUUAUAAACAGCCAAGGGUCCGUAGAUUCCAACAAAUCUGAUCUUAAAAGGAUUCGUCAUCAUCGAUCCUACUUAAACACCAAACAGUGUCUUCCUUUUCUCAUCGAUAAAUCAUACAAAUGUGUAGAAAGCCCUUAUGAAUUCACUCCUCGUUAUGCGAUCGAAAAAAUAGAAAAAAUCGAAAAUAAGAAAGCGAAGGACAAACAUCAUGAAAGAAAGAGGUCCACAAGUUGUGAAAUCGAAGGAGAAAAAUCGAAACUUAAACAUAAGGAUAAAUGCGAUAAAAAAACGAGAAGGGCCGUAUCAAUGUGUUCUUCCAAGUCUGAUUUAUCGAGUCCUGAAGAUCGGUAUAUAGAGAAAUAUGUGGUGAAAUUGUCCAAUUCAAAAGAGGAACUAGUUUUGUACGAUGUGAAGCCUAAGUUUUGCGACUAUUUGAGCAAUAAGGGGGUCAAACAUAAAAUUGUCCAAAAAUUGAAAUCUAACAUGAAGGUUUGACUAGUUCUUCAGGGUGUUUUUUGUUUUUCGCUUCUUUUAUAUUGUUUGUUAAUUUUCAAUAUAUAGUUUUCUUCGUGUACGUUAAAAUUCUGAAUGUCUGAAAUAUAUUUUUCUCAAUUCA